AAGCGACUUUGUCAAGGAGGAGAUUACAUUAAAAAAUCUAGAUUUUUUUUAAUUAAGGCUUUCAUUUAGUAGUUUUGAAUGUGCAUUUGUUUACAAUUGAACUAUUACUUGUAAAAUGUUUGUCUGGUCAUGUAUGGUUUGUUUUAUGUAACGUAUAGGCCUAAUCUUAAAAAUUCCAAUCCAUGUUUAAUCGUGGUGUAGACUCGGUUAAGUAACACAUAUUUGUAAAACAUUUGAAGAACUUUAGAGGGAAUUAAAUUCUAAUUGCGGCAACGUCCUUCAAAAUCGCCUUUCGGUUCCAGAAAUAGCUAUUUUAUCCCUAAAAGGUGAAAAGGCUGUGAGAGUCAUUGUGAAACUAUGCAUCGUUUGUUCCAUUCGGCAUGUGAUUUACUUAUUAUUGAGGUUUUUACUGAAAAUAGCCUUGGGUUUGUAAUCCUCAAGCCCCUCCCCAGUCUGCCUCAAGUAGGAUAUAACUUGCAGGUGCCAGGCCAUCUAGAAGUUCACCACAUCUCCAGCUAAGGAUGUUUCCCCUGCAGUUUCUCAACUUUUUCUCCAUUGCUGUGACUAAAGGUUAUGAAGAGAAGAAGAAACCCCAAGAGGUCAAAAAUGAUAUCUCCAUCUUCAAAAGAGGAGAUCUGCUGGAGGUUCCUAGAACCCUCUUUACGCAUUUUGGAAUUUAUCUGGGGAACAACCGUGUCGCUCACCUCAUACCUGAUAUCCUGCCUGUCUUUAGCAGUGACACCAAGGCCCUGCAGACGAUGGUCACAAAUAACCGUCUGAUUUUGGGUGCAAUAGCAAAAAAAGCAAGUGUCCGGGUGGACUCAGUGGAGGACUUUGCCUAUGGUGCGGGGAUUAUAUUGAACAAAAUGGACAAGGUGUGCAGCCGACCACCGUUUGAUGGUGAAGAAGUGGCCAGGAGGGCUGAGAAGAUGUUUGGCUCCGUGGCUUACAGUCUGCUGUGGUACAACUGCGAGCACUACGUCAUGUACUGCAGAUAUGGCACCAACAUAAGUUUCCAAACCUGCCAGUUCUGCAAAGCCGUGCGGAAGAUUGUAUGCAGCAAGACCACUUCUCUCAUAAGCCUAUUAGUGUGCUUGUUCAUUGUGUUAUUUCUGGGGUCCAUGUCCAUAUUUGGAAUUUUACUCACAGUCUUUAUUCCCUUUAAUAUUUGGAUGGCAUCCUGAAUCUCUGCUACAAGCCACGUCAGUCAGAAUACGCUGUUAUCAUUUAUUGGCCAUUUUUAGUUACACAUAAACUUUAUCUCCUUUUAUCACGGUUGAGCUAUUGAAACAUACACAGAUGAUAGUGUACAUGCUAAAUUAGCAGGGCAGAGAAUACUUUUUGAUUAUAAUUAUGUACGAAUGUGAUCUUUCAAGUGAUGUUAAGGUUUGCCAGAUACUUUAUUUUCUUACUGUGUGUUGUGGCUUACAAUAAUAUGUAUAUUAGCUAAAUGAAUUAAAGAACAUUUUUAUAUUA